AGAGUUGCCGGAGAAGAAGAGUGUAUUUACAGGAUUUUUUUGGUUUAGUCGUCCGACACAAUAAUUCUAGUUCCGAGCGAACUUAAAAUAACAACAAUUAACAAAAACACAAUAUUCCGACACGACGAUUAUUUUACUGUAAAUCGAAUCAAUUGUCAUGGCCUUUCUUGCAACUUGUCGCUCACGAUUACUUUUGAAUAGGUUAUUAAUGCACCCUUUACUUAUUACACAUAAUCCUGAACGGACAAUCAUGGUUAGAUCCAAACAAUUUCCCGAAUAUUCGCUACUUUUUGACUUUGAAAGAGUUACACUAGCUAGCAAAUUCAACAGAGCUAAGUAUAUGGCGACGAUUCUUUUGGCCUGCGGUACACCCACCCUCGCUGCAGUUCAAGCCUUUUCUGGUAUGAUAUCUCCAAACAUUGUUGGCAGUUUUAUAUUUUAUGGUGGAUUCAUAACCGUUUUCCUCCACUCUGCUGGUUAUUUGUUCAACAAUGCAAUUGGCUUCAUUUAUGUGAAGGAUGACAAUAAAAGUAUAAAGCUCUCUUAUGUCGGCUUCUGGGGCCAGAGAGUCGACAUUGAUACAACUGUAAAUGAAAUUUGUGCACCCAGUGACAGUGCAUCAGGAUUCAACAAUCCCUGGUUUCAAAAAGUUCGUCUGAUUAAUUCAAAAACUCACUACAAAAUGUAUAUUACAGCUGGACGAAUACUCGACACUAAAGUUUUUGAUAACAUAUUCGGAGGAGUGGAGUUAGAGAGAAAAAUAAACUAAUUAGAUUGUUAAUGUAAUUAUGUUUAUUUACAAAAAAUGUGUAAUAUUGUUUACUUGAAAAAUUCAUUACAACCAUCGGUAGUGAGCAUAAGCACGAUUUGCCUCACACUGCUUAUGAA